UGUGAAUGUUGCGAUCCAAUCAGAAUAGCAUUCGCAGAAUGUUGUACCUGAUUGGUUAGAGUUUCAUGUCACUGUAUUUGACGUCUGCCUUUAUCGUCGUACGGAUCAUAUGAUAUUGUCACUCUGUAUAAGAAGUUUUUAAUUUAUUAUCAAAUAUAUUGUUCCUGUCAAAAUUCGUUACGUGCCUUACAUAUGCACAAGUGAAUCAAAGUAUUAUUAUUGAAUAUAGAAACAGUUUCGUAUAACCUGAACAAUGUCAUUUUUUGGAGUAAAUGUCAAUCCCUUUUCAACACCAGUAGGCCAGAAGAUAGAGCAAGCUACAGAUGGUAGUUUGCCUAGCGAAAAUUGGACACUUAAUAUGGAAAUAUGUGAUAUUAUAAAUGAAACAGAGGAAGGGCCAAGAGAUGCAAUUAAAGCAAUUAAGCGUAGACUCAAUCAGGCUGCUGGAAAAAAUUACACUAUAGUCAUGUAUACCCUAACAGUAUUGGAGACAUGUGUAAAAAAUUGUGGAAAACGUUUUCAUGCUCUUGCCUGUUCGCGAGAAUUCGUACAAGAAUUGGUUAAAUUAAUCGGACCAAAAAAUGAACCUCCAGCAGCAGUGCAAGAAAAAGUUUUAAGUUUAAUUCAAACAUGGGCAGAUACAUUCCGUCAUCAGCCACAUACUCAAGGGGUUGUUCAAGUAUAUCAAGAAUUAAAACUAAAAGGUAUACAAUUUCCAAUGACAGACUUAGAUGCCAUGGCACCAAUUAUUACGCCAGAGCGAAGUGUACCUGAGUCGGAACAAAAUGUCGUGAAUGUACCUACAGCUGAACAACAGUCAGCAACUCCUAUAACAUCACAAGUCCAACAACCUCAAACUCAAUCUUCUGGACAAGUAACUUUAUUAAAUGAACAACAAAUGGCUAAACUACAAAGUGAACUUGAUGUUGUGCAAGGAAAUAUGCGUGUGUUAUCGGAAAUGUUGGCAUAUUUUACAAGCUCAGAUCAGAGUAAUAGUCAACAACCUGAUCCUGCAGAUCUUGAACUUCUAAGUGAACUUCACUCUACAUGCAAAGCAAUGCAAGAGCGAGUUGUUGAUUUAAUUGGAAAGCUGGCACAUGAUGAAAUGACAGCAGAACUGCUACGUAUUAAUGAUGAAUUGAAUAAUUUAUUUUUACGUUAUUCACGUUAUACAAAAAACAAAGCUGUUGCUGCAAGUACUAUUCUGGCACAAACAAUUGGUCAUCCUGCAAACAUAGAUUCUGCUUCAUCGGUUAAUAAACAAGAAGCUGAUUCUCUUAUUGAUUUGUCUGAUGAAACUGAUAAUUUGGGGGAAAAAAUGACAGAAAUGGAUAUAGCUGAUAAUAUAGACAAAAAUAGGAUAGAUCGAAAGGAGAAAAAGGAAGGUGAUGAAUUUGAUAUGUUUGCACAAUCACGAAAUACAUCUUAUGAAACUGCGAAAAACAGCGGUAGCAAGUAUGAGGAUAAUUUGGAGCAGGUGAGCGGAGGAAGUCUCAGUACAGCGAUUCUCAAUCGCAAUAAUCCUAAGCAUUCCCAGCAGACUGCUUCUACAAUUGCUUCUACUACUGCUACUUCUCUGAACCGGGAAUCUGAGUUUAAUGAGAUGGCAGCUUGGUUAGAUCAUACGCCAGGAGCACAUGGUGAUCAAGAAUCUCUAACAUCUUCAGAAUUCGAACGUUUCUUAGCAGAACGAGCAGCUGCUGCUGAAGCUUUACCAACUCUACCCACAACUACUACUGGGAGUACUAUUAGUACUGGAAGUACUACAAAUUCUGAAAACUCUAACAUUCAACGCCAAAUUAAUAAAGAUCAAGAUAAAUCUUUAUUUGCUCUUUAAACGUAAUUUUCACAUUUACAUUUUAGAAAACUGAUGAAAAUUGAAUUUGUUCUAAUUCGAUCACUUUUCUAAUAAAUCAAUGCUUCUAAUAAUAAUCUGGAUAUUAGAAACAUUGAUAAAAUAAAUUAAAGAAAAUAAUAUAAAGAGAAAAAUAAAUAAAAAUGAAAUGCUUUGCGCUUAUAUGUACUUAAGAAUAUAAUUGAUACUGGAUGAUCAUAAAUUAGCAUUUUAUUACGUUGUAAAAAUUUGACAAUGAAUAAUUUAUUUUAAAAUAAUCGUUACGCGUCAAUAUUAUGUAAUACAGAAAUAGGAGAAAAUACUAACUUAUGUUAUUUGUAUAUAAAAAGCACAUUGUAUACAAAAUAAUAUUCAUAUUACAAUGUGUGGUCUCAUGCCUUGGAACUAUAUAAAAUUAUUAAUUUAUGCAAUUGCAGUUCUCAAAUUCGCGAAUUUAAAUGCAAAAAAUAAAUAUUUCAUUAUGCGAUUAAUUUUAUUAUGCUAUAGAUUGAAGUACUUGUCUAUAUUAAAUUUGAUCAUUUGAUAUUCUGUAUAAAUAUGAUAUGUUCAUUGUAGUAAUUUUUU